AUGAGCUCGAGCAGACGCAGCGAGAUCGAGGCCAAAAGGGCCAGAAUCGCAGAGAUGCGAAAGGCCAGAGAAGCUCUUCAACAGCAGGAGGUGAGUCUCAACAAACACACAAACACAGCCAGGGGGAACCUACUAACACAGGCACAAAGAGCAGCACCCUCUAAAGAGGAUAUCGACCAGCUGGUAGACUCAUUGGUGACUACUCGAAUUGACGACACCCCAGGAUCUUUUUCCAUAGUCAUUGCUGAUGCCUUUGAUCAAGUUCCUGUGGUUCAGGGUCCUGAUACAUCAGCCACUUCCAACACAGCAUCAGCGUCAGCUUCAACUUCUACAGCCGCUGCGAUUACAACUCGGACAACAUCACCGCCACUCUGCUACUCAAAGGGGGUCCAGACCGACCCCAUUGAUGACGAUAUUGAUCUCGACAGCGACGAAACAGCAGCAGACGCGUCCAGACCAGACUCUGGGACACAGGAUGAGGAGCCCAGCAUUUCUAGUUACCCGGCCCAGGUUUCAAUUCCGCCUCCAGAUGACAACGUUAGUAUUGUGUUCGCAGAGCCUUCUGCUGCGGCUUCCGAAGACCUGCUUCCGUUUGUGCAACAAUCGCUCAAGGUGGUGGAACGGUCGCUCAAACCUCAAAAAUUUGAUGUUCUCACAGAUUAUGGUUCUCAGGGACUCACUACAACCCAUGAUGAAGAGGCGCUCGUGUCGCAGUCUCUCCAGUUUUCCCAUUCAGACACAGACGGACGAGCCGUGCUUGAUCUUGCUUGGUCGCACUCCUUCCCCGAGCUGCUGGUGGCAUCGUACACGGAGAAACGCGACUCCAUUGCGGAGGCUAAAGGCUGUGUGAAGGUUUGGAAUAUGCACAUGCCUGCUAAGCCCGAGUACACGUUUGUGGCAGACUCGGACGUGACUUCGGUGCUGUGCUCUCCCUUCCACCCCACACUUGUGUUUGGAGGCCUCUAUAACGGCCAGAUCAUGGUGUGGGACAUGAGGGCGUCCAGUUCACAGGCUAUUUUGGCCUCUCCACUUUCCGGAAGUGCCCAUUCACACCCUGUGUUGGCAUUGGACCUCUACGGUACCCAAAAUGCAUCUUCGUUGGUGUCUGCUUCGACCGAUGGAACCAUCUGCACGUGGUCCCCCGACAUUCUCGCCAAACCACAGGAGAAGAUUUUGCUACAGCCGUCUUCUGAGGCAGCUCGAAAUCUCACCAUUUCGCCCACUGCUCUCGUGACGCCUGCCCAAGACACCUCGUACUUUCUGUUCGGCACCGAAGAGGGUUCCAUGUACCAUUGCAACCGGUACGACAAGGCCGGUACGAGUGCUGGUAUUGACGCACGCAACUCGGCUCAGUAUGCCGCAGCUCAUUUGGCUCCUGUUACGUGUCUCGACCUGCAUCCUUCUAAGCAUAGCGUGGACUUGGGAGACUAUCUUCUCACGUCGGGUUUCGAUUGGAAGAUCAAGCUGUGGCGAACUAGCACCGUGUCCGCCACAGCUCCAGCUGACACAAACACCUCCAACCCUCUUCUGCAUACCAUUUACCGGGACGAUACGGUGUAUUCGGCGAAGUGGAACCCCUCGUGCCCAUCGCUCUUUGGAGCUGUGGAUGGAUCUGGGCACUUGGAGGUGUACGAUCUGCUCGUUGAUAUCGACGUUCCUGUUGCUCGUGUGAAGCCUCAGGCGAAGACUGCUGCGGACAAUCUUUUGCAUCCUCUUAAUAAGCUUGCCUGGGACAAGUCUGGCAAGUCUGCGGCCGUUGGGGGUUUUGAUGGCAUGAUUACCGUGUUCGAUCUUGGUAACGAGUUGCUGCAAAAGAACACGGCUAAUGAUUGGAAGGAGAUGAGAAUCUUGCUGAACAAGAUUGAUACUGUUUAG